GGAAUGCUUCACUUCAUUCUACCCACCAUCUUCACUUCAUCAUUUUGAUUUUUUCAAAAAAAAAAUAAUAAUAAUAAGUAAAGAGAGAAGAGAUGGUGGGUAGAAUGCAACCAAAUGUAAAGAAAAACAGGGCAGGCUGUCCCGGCUUGCCUGGACAAAUUGGUUUUAUAUAAGAAACUUUUAUAUUUACUACUCCAAUUAUUAGAAUCUCUAUGCGUUGUUAGAAUCCAGUGGUUUCCAAAGGAAAAUGCAAUUAGAAUCAUGACUAAUGUCAGGUUAGAUGCUUAAAGCCUGUAGCCAUCAGUAGUAGUCAUAUAUGACGCAAUGUCUGACGUAGUGUUUCAUAGAAUUCCAUGGCAUAGGAUUAAAUGAUUCUAAACUACUUUAAUAAUAGAAUAUGGAGUCGUAAUGAAAAAUGCACUUCUAAUUGGAUGAUGGGACAUUGGUACUCCAAUACUCUUGUACUGAAAUUGAAAAGAUAAGAAUCCUUCUGGUUCUCUCUAGUUUCUAACCUUAUUAUUAUGGCUUCAGAAACCAGCAAUGCUGCUAACACAGCCCCAACCCCAUCUUUACCACUCCAAGACCGAGUUGCCAUCGUGACUGGGGCGUCCCGAGGGAUCGGCCGAGCCAUCGCGCUCCACUUAGCCUCUCUCGGCGCUAAACUCGUCAUCAACUACACCUCCAACUCAACCCAAGCUGACCUUGUAGCCUCCGAGAUCAAUUCCUCUGCCUCUAGUUCUAGUUCUCCCCACACCCCACAAGCCAUCACGGUCCGUGCCGAUGUCUCCGACCCAACCCAGGUCAAGUCUCUCUUCGACAAAGCCCAGGAGGUAUUCAACUCGCCCCUCCACAUCUUGGUCAACUCCGCAGGAGUUGCAGAUCCCAAGCACUCAACACUUGCUAAUACUUCUGUGGAGGAUUUUGAUCAUAUCUUCAGUGUGAAUGCUAGAGGGGCAUUCUUGUGCGCUAGAGAGGCAGCAAACCGGCUCAAACGUGAUGGUGGGGGUCGAAUUAUACUGGUAUCAUCAUCCUUGGUGGGUGCAUUGAAGCCGUGUAGUAGCGCAUACACAGCAUCAAAGGCCGCGGUGGAGGCUAUGGCAAAGAUACUGGCAAAGGAGCUCAAGGGGAGUAGACUUACUGUAAAUUGUGUAGCGCCGGGGCCAAUUGCCACUGAACUAUUUUUCGCUGGAAAGACAGAGGAGCAGGUGAAGAGGGUGAUUGAGGAAUGCCCCCUUGACAGGCUGGGUGAGACCAACGAUGUGGCUCCUAUUGUUGGGUUUUUGGCUAGUGACGCCAGUGAGUGGGUUAAUGGGCAGGUUAUUCGCGUUAAUGGUGGCUAUGUUUAGUAUUAUAUUUAUAUAUCUCUCUUUAUGUAGCUUUCUUCCUUCCUUCCUUCUUGUAAUGGUAAGGUCGCACAAGGGUCUGUGCCUUAGUUUGUAUCUUUAAUUAGCUCAAUAAAAGCUGUCAACUUUUCUGUUU